GAGACGUAGGCACACGGAAGGGCUCUGUCUGCACGCUGAUUGGUCGAGCGCCAAGGUCAGUCCCGCCUCCCGCGUUCUGCUCUCCUCCCUUCAGAAGGAGCCAUAGUCUUCGCGGAGUUGGGUGUUUCUGGGAGCUGAGCGAUAGUGUGCCGACGAUGCCUCGUGGAAGCCGAAGCCGCACUUCCCGCGUCCCCUCUCCGGCUAGCCGGGCCCCUCAGAUGCGAGCUGCGCCCAGGCCCAUGCCCAGGCCAGCCCCAGCGGCCCCGACCCCGGUGGUGGCCCCGCCUUCUGCGGUGGGCUCACCUGCUGCUCCACGACAACCGGGUCUGAUGGCCCAGAUGGCGACCACUGCAGCAGGUGUGGCCGUGGGCUCUGCCGUAGGGCACACGCUGGGCCACGCCAUCACAGGCGGCUUCAGCGGGGGAGGCAGCGGCGAGCCCUCCAGGCCUGACAUCACCUACCAGGAGCCUCAGGGAGCCCAUCUGCAUCAGCAGGCAUCCAGUGGGCCCUGCUCCUUUGAGAUAAAGCAGUUUCUGGAGUGUGCGCAGAACCAGCCUGACGUGAAGCUCUGCGAAGGGUUCAAUGAAGUACUGAGGCAGUGCAGGAUCGCGAACGGACUCCUCUAAGCAGGAAGUCACAGGGAAGACUCGAAACCGACCCCGACCAAGUUACUUUAGCCUGGAAGUAUAAUUAAUAAAGUGUAAAACCAUUCAGUUCAACCUCAUUUCGGCUUAAGAACGGCAGUGAAGAGGGUGUUCUGGUCACACGGAUGGGGCAGAAUUGGGGACACGUGUGCAUGAGUGGCCUCCUAAGCCAGCUGUUGUGAUGUUAGUAGUUAGAAUAAAGUGAUUCUCUUCCAAGGA